AUGUUGAGGUGUAAUCACCCUGUCCCUCCGAAUCGGUACGAUGAUAGGGUGGUGGACCAUUUACGAUUUAUUGGGUUUUAUCAUGCAUCUCAAAUUGGCAUAGUCCAGUGUCAGAAAGCACUCGUAAAUGCUUUAGUCGAAAGGUGGCAUCCACAGACACAUACCUUUCAUCUUCCGAUUGGUGAAUGUGCUGUGACACUCGAAGAUGUGACUAUGAUACUUGGUCUUCCAACGGACGGUCUUCCAGUCACAGGGAUGACUAUCAGCAGUGUUGACACCUUAGAGGCGGAGUGUUUGCACCAAUUUGGGGUUACACCGAGAAAAUCAGAAUGUAGAGGAAGCGGUAUAAAAAUAGGGUGGCUACGGGAUCUAAAAGAACACCUACAGUUGACUGACGAAGAAAGUAAACAGAGUAUCGUACAGUUCAGUUGGGGAUCGGCUUGCCUUGCACAUCUGUACAGGGUGUUAUGCAGGGCAUCUCGUUUUGAUUGUAAGGAGAUCAACAGUUCGCUGACACUGCUGCUCCGUAACUGGGAGCGUGGAGAUCGACGCUUUAGGUAUAUGAAAUUUGCUGAGUUUAGGAAGGCUUUCGAUGAUCUGCAGGAAGGCCAGUUUGCGUGGGUUGCUUCUUCUAUGGAUCGAGUGGAUCCGGACAUAAUUCCUGCAGAUAUGUACAUGCACUCAAUUGUGUGGAGUUCUACGGUCCCGUUGGAAUCUUUUGAAUGCAUUGAGUGGCAUGCAACCGAUCGGUCUAGGCGACAGUUUAGUUUUGUGCAGGGAGUUCCUCAUCAGCAACGGAAUAUAGACAAUAUGGUCUGUCUAAUUAAGUUGUAUCUAGGUGAGGGACGCACUCCAGAUGAUACAGAAAAAGGUUACAAUCUCAGAGUUGAUCCGCCUCGUCGUAGUGCUAAUCGAUUCACUCCGUCCAUGUUCAAAAAGGCUGCCAAAAAAUGCAAGAGUUUUGUGAAAGAUGUAAAGUGGGCAAUGAGAAAGUAG